CUACGUUUUAAACUGGUUGUAGAUCGAUAUGAUCUCGGUUCAAUAUUUUUGCUUAAAUCUGCAAAGCUUAUAUGUAACAUUAUCCUAAAACAUUACACCAAUUUUUUUUUUAAAACUUAACUUUACACCAAUGUUACAGUUGACUUUUUCUAGACCAUAUAUAUGGACGUUAAUGUGUCACAAAAUGUCUGUAAUAUAUAUUUAGUAAAUUAAACAUGAAAAUAAUUUAAUUAUAUAAAAAAAUAAAACGAAAAUCUCUCAAACUUGCAGAAUCUAGGAACUCUCUUUUCUCCUCCUUAUAAGGAACCCUCCCUUAGUAUUCAUUUUAUAGCAACUUUCAUCACUAAUCACUCCCUUUUCUCACUAUCUCAUAAUAACGUUAAUGGCGUCUUUCUCAAAAAAAAAAAAAAAACGUUAAUGGCGUCAAACUCUAGAAGCUCGAGCUCGUCAUGGACGCUCAAGCAGAACAAGAUGUUCGAGAGAACCUUGGCGGUUUACGAUAAGGACACACCGGACCGAUGGCACAAUGUUGCAAACGCUGUCGGAGGGAAAUCUGCAGACGAAGCGAAGCGUCACUAUGACAUUCUCGUCGAAGAUCUCAUCAACAUCGAAACUGGUCGUGUCCCUUUGCCCAAUUACAAGACCUUCGAUUCUAACUCAAGAGGCAUCAAUGACUUCGACACGAGGCGAAUGAAGAAUUUGAAGAUCCGAUGAAGUUUAUUAUGUUCAUUAAUUGAAAAGAUUAAAAAAUACGUGAUUCUUCUGUCUACUGAUUAUAGUGAUUCUGUUUGUAUUGAUCAUGCAUUCGGUUUCAUAUUUGUCUUUGUGUUCUAUUAUAUUUUGAAGAAAGUACGAUUUAUGACCU